GUUUCUACUCCAACCAAGAUGUCGGCGGUGUGCAAGGUCCUGGCUCCGCCCAGCCUGUCCCGGUUCUGCGGGGCAAUGACUGGGGCGUUGUUGGGGGAUUGUAUUGGUGGGGAGUUCGAGGGGAAGGAGCUAGUUAGAGUGCAGGAUGUGAUUGAAGCUGUCCGCGCCCUGGAGGAGCAGAGGCAGGAGGAAGGUUCUUUAGUGUAUUCAGACGAUACAGCAAUGACGAGGUGUGUGGCACAGUCACUGAUAACCAAACAAGACUUUGACGAAGUGGAUAUGGCUAAAAGGUUUGCUGAGGAAUACAAAGCACAGCCAAAUCGAGGGUAUGGAAGUGGUGUCAUUCGUGUAUUUAAGAAGCUUCUAAGUCCAAACUGUAAUGAUGUGUUUAAACCAGCAAGGGAACAGUUUAAGGGAAAGGGCUCCUAUGGAAAUGGAGGUGCCAUGAGGAUCGCCCCAAUUGCCCUGGCAUAUCCAGAUAUUCAGGAUGUUAAAAAGUUUGCAAAGAAAAAUGCUGAAGUGACACAUGCUUCCUCACUGGGUUACAACGGUGCAAUCCUGCAAGCCCUUGCUGUUCAUCAUGCUUUGCAGGGGGAGUUGCAGAAAGACAAGUACUUGGAUCAGCUCAUUGGAGAAAUGCAGUUGGUUGAGAACGAUGAAAAAUCUCUGUCAGAUGCAAAAGACUUUCAUGAGUUUCCCUACUGCAAUAGACUGAAGAAAAUGAAAGCAUUUUUAUCCCGAACGGAUGUUUCAAAGGAAGAGGUGGUUAACGAAUUGGGGAAUGGAAUUGCAGCUUUUGAAUCAGUGCCAACUGCCAUUUAUUCUUUCCUGAGGUGCAUGGAUCCUGAUCCAGAAAUUCCAGAAAAGUACAACGGACUUGAAAGGACAAUAAUCUACAGCAUUUCACUGGGUGGCGACACUGAUACAAUUGCCACCAUGGCAGGAGCAAUUGCUGGGGCUUAUUAUGGAAAAGAUGAUGUACCACAGUCUUGGCAGAAGAGCUGUGAAGCCUAUAAAGAUGCAGAUUAUUUGGGGGAGAAACUGUGUGACUUGUACUGUAAUCGCCUAGCCUCCUCACUAAAAACAGGAUAAAUGCGUUGGUUGGUGAAAAUAUAAAUAAUGAAAUUACAAAAUGAAAAAUAUAGUAGUCUUGAAUCCAGUUGGUUCUAGAAACUUAUUUUCUCCUGUUUUAUUUUAUUUGAGUAAUCAAAAUUGUUUGUGACAGUUUUAAAUUAUCAAUUUUGUUUCUAACUUGAAAUAAUUUAACACUGAAUUGAUUCAAAGAAGCCUCAAUUGUAAUUGCUUAAUCUCUUACUGGAUUCAAUCAUAAACACCAGAGUAAGGAGUACAUGAAUAGUACAACUUUUUCUUUCUUAAAUUGAAUUUGUCACACUGUCUUGCCAAAUUAAGGAUGUGUUGAAUAUUGGUUGCUUGACUUUAUCUAGCCCCUCAGUCAUGCAGCUGUUGCUACAUUUGCAAGGAUAGUACAUUUGUGAAGCUAUCAUUGCUUAAGUCUCCUGUUUAAUGUCUUCAUAUCAUCUGGUUUGUUGCUUAACAAACAGAAUAUGAUGGCACCACUGCUGAGCCUGAACAUUGUAUUGUCUUGCCUAAAUGUUGCUGGUUGUUUGCCGGUUUUAUGUCACUAAUCUGGGGUUAGGGGUUACCUGAACUCUUCUAGAUGAGGGAUGCGUUUGCUUAAGAUGCAUUAGUUGAUAUGAAGUAAUACCCAAGAUCAGCAUAUUUGUAGCAUUGCUUUGCAUCACCCAUGCCACAUUAUAUGGCAGCUGGAUAUCGGCCACUUUAUGUAGGUGCAGGAUAAUUGAACUGUCCAUCUAAGAUCUAAUUAAAGACCUAUCUAGUUGCCUAAGAGUGGAGGACAACUGUAGUGUAUUGAAAAUAAAAAAAAUUCAAGGAGGCCAUUCAGCUUGUCUGUGCUGGCUGAAAAUGAGCUACCCAGCCUAAUCCCAUUUUCAGUUCUUGGUCCAUUGCUUUGUAGGUAAUGGCACCUCAAGUGCAUACCCAAGUGUUUUUAAAAAAAAAUGCGAUGAGGGUUUCUGCCUCUACCACCCUUUCGAGCAGAGAGUUCCAAGCCCUGACCCCCUCCGCCUCCCCAAGCACACUCGGGCUGAAAAAAUUCCCCUCAACUCCUCUCUAAUCCUUCUACUGGGUGUAGCUGGUAAUAUUGCUAAAGCUCUAACAUGAAAUGAAAAAAUAUCCCACAACACAAGUUUAAAAUCACCAGAGACUCCCUUUUAUCAUUUAGGUGAUUCUUCUGUGAGACUUGUUAGUGAAUCAGUUUCACCACACAGGAGGCCUUUCCUUUCUCUCCAGGGCUGUGUAUUUUACCAUACCUUCAUAAGAUUUUCCUUUUUCCAAAUAUUUAUCCAUUUCUCUUUUGAAACCAUUAUAGAUUCUGCUUCAACACAAAAACAAAAUGCUCCAGAUGUAGGAAAUCUGAAAUAAAAAUGUUGGAAAUACCCAGGACAGGCAGCAUCUGUGGAGAGAAACAAUUACUGUUUCAGGUCAAUGAGCCUUCAUCAGAGUGGAUUCUUCUAUCACUGUUACUGGUGGGGUAUUCACUGCUUCUGAUGUGUGUGCACAUGUAUGCAUGUUUGGGUGGGGUGGUGGUUAUUAGUGGUCCAUGUCCUAACCCUCUGCAUUUCAAAAAAAAACUCCGACCACCUUUGUUUUUAUAAUCUUAGUAACUCACCAGCAGAAAUAUUUUUUCUGAUUUAUCAAAGCCCUUCAUAAGUUGAAAUAUUAGAUUACAUCUCUGCUUUCUCUGUUCUGGUGACGGUAGCCCCAGUUUCCUUCGACUUGCUCUGUAAUUGAGGCCGCCUUCAUCCCUGGAAUUAUCUUAGUAAAUUGCUUUUGUACCGUCUCCAGAAGCUGCAUGUCCAAAUAUAAACACUAACUAUUGCCUAACCAAGAUUAGUAUAGAUUCUGUACUACUGCUUUUGUACAGUAAGCUUUUUAUAAACCUUAGGAAUUGUGUAUGUUGUUUUCCUUAAUAGCUUUAUCAACUUGACAAAAUGCUUAAAAAAUGAGGACAUCACUGGCUUUGCCUUGUGAAUUAAAAGUUAAAGCUAUUGUCAAGCAGAUGAUUUAAAAUAUGUUUAAUAGUUUAGCUCACCAAACCUAUUUCCCCAUUAUUAAAACAAAUAUUGAAAUUAUUCACAUGACUAGAACAAAAUAACUAGAAUUUGAGAGGAGUAGUAUUGUGGUUUCCCAACAUUUGAGAAAGGAACAUGGGAAAUAAGAGCAGGAGAAGGUCAUUCACCCCCUCGAGCCUGCUCUGCCAUUCAACUAGGUCAUGGCUGAUUUUUCCACCUCAACGCCAUUUUCCUGCACUAUCCUCACACAUCUUGAUCUGGAAAUCUAUCAAUCCCUGUCUUGAAAGCACUUAAUGUCUAAGCCUUCACAGCUCUCCGGGGUAGAGUGUGCCAAAGAUUCACUACCCUCUGAGUGAAAAAAUUCCUUCUCAUCUCAGUCCUAAAUGGUCUACUUCUAAUUCUGAGACAUGUCCCCUGGUUCAAGAUCCCCCAGCUAGGGGAAACAUCCUUCCUGUAUCUACCCUGUUUGGGCCCUGUAAGAAUUUUGUAUGCUUCCAUGAGAUCACCUCAUUCUUCUAAACUCUAGAGAAUAUAGGUCCGGUCUCCUAGGACAAUCCUGCUAUCCCAGGAGUCAGUCUGGUGAACCUUCGUUGCACUAGCUCUGUCAAGUAUAUCCAAGAAAUCUUAUAAUUUGGCUUUAGACUAAUAAUUUCAUAACUAAGCAUUAUUUUUUGACUAUUUUUGUGAUCCAGAGACUUGAGACAAAAUCUAGGCUGACACUUAGUACAGUAUUGAGGGAGUGCUGCAUUGUUGUAGGUAGUGCAUUUCAGGUACGACAUUAAACUGGGCACCAUUUGUCCACAUGGAUAGAAUAGAUCCCAAAAUGCUUAUCGAAGAGGAGCAGAUAGUUCUCUCUAAUGUUUUGGCCAAUUAUUUAGCCCCUAACCAGCGCCAAUAAAACAUAUUGUCAUUAUCCUUAUUUCUGUUAGUGGGACCUUGCCAUGUACAAAUUGGCUGCAGUGUUUCAUACAUUACAACAGUGAGUGUACUUCAAAAGUACUUCAUUGGCUGUGAAGUGCUUUGGGGGCAUCCUAGGAGUUGUGUAAAUCAUUAUAUAAAGUUCUUGAUUGUAAAUAUUCAGAAGAAAGUUUGUUUGCCUGAAACAGGCUUAAUGGUCUGAAAUUGUUCUUGUGUAAAGUUAAGAAAAGUAGGGAGACAGGAAUAGAUGUCCGUCUGGUCUAUUGCUAUUGUCUGCCUUUAGUGAUAUGUUCUAGAGAAGAAUAGAAACGUAGGAAAGUGCAUCUCCAGCCAGCAGUAACUGUAAAACCAGCAAAUGCUUUUCAUAUUAAAAUGCAUUAAUAAUGUAUUUAAAGAUCAUUUGUGAUUACUAGUCUCUAGAAGAUAUAUUUCAUGGUAAAUGUAUAUAAACCAGCCCCAUACAAGAAAAA